AUAUUACAUACUAAAUUCUUAACGCGAUGUCGUCUCAUCGUUCUAUCGUAGACGGAAAUUGGGUAGCCGAUCGGCAGCAGUAGGCCAUUCCCACGGUGAAAUGGAUAAUUUUCACCAAGUCGCGCUGUACGAUGUUGCAGCAAUCGAAUGUAUACGGAGACGAGACGUUACGACAAUACACCACGUGUGGGUAUUCGGGAGUGUAGAAGGAAAUAGGUAGAUUUUUUUAGUUAAACGUGUCGUUUUUUUCGAGGUGUUAAAGUUGUUGAUUUUAUACUGUAGAUUGAUGAUUUCUGAGUAAACAAUGUAAAAAAUCAAAGGCCGGGGUGAGCUCGAUAAAAGAACAUGUUUUGUGUUACGAUCAGAUCACUUGAGUUGCAGAUGAACCCAAACACGGUAAGGCUGUGGCUGCAGAGAGGGGAUAUUGAAAAACUUGAGAAUGUCGUCCUCGAAGGACGGGGAACUCGGCUCCUGGGUGAGCACUCUCCGGAUCUGAGAACUCGCGUCUUCCUCAAGGGUCUACCGAAUUACCUGACCAGAAUCGGUGAAAUCCAUGACGCGACUAUUCGUGGCUCUUUGUCCGAAGUUGAGCGACUGGUCUCUGACGAACCGAGAAAGCAAUUAGCAAUUUCAAAGGACGCCUCCGGUAUUCCCUUGAUACACAAAGCUGUCUACCACGACCACCGAGACAUCGUUGCGUGGCUGGUGAAAAACUACCCCCUAACGUCAGAGCAGAAGGACAGGGAAGGUAGAACAGCCCUCCACUAUUGUGCAGCAUGUACGAAACCCGGCUUAGUUUGGGACAUUCUUACUCGAGGAGGCUGCGACGCGAGCAUUUGCGACAAUAGUGGAAAUCCAGCUGCCUAUUAUUUGGAGCACAAAGUCGAGAUUGAAUUACCUUGGCCUGAAACGAUGACGUCCAGGAAACUCAGCACCGUCAAGGAGAACCUUGAGUUCAAGCCGUCAAACAUACGCAUAUGGAUUCAUAACCGGGACAUCGGGAAGCUGCAACAAGUUUUGUGGGAAGGUCACGGCGCCAAACUACGUUGCGAGACGAGUAGCAACCCAAGGGUUAAAAGGUUUUUGGAGGCGGUACCGUUUAUAAUGGGAACUGUGAAGGACAUCCACGCAGCUGUGGUGAAAAACGACGUGGAAACCUUUAGGAAAAAGACCAACAAACCUGUGUCGCCGUUGAUUUUAUGCAGCCGAGAUAAUAAUGGCCUAAAUGUUCUCCACAAGGCUAGUGGUCUUGGAUAUACAGGCAUAGUUCACGAGAUCCUUGCCAAGUAUCCCGCAGCGUUGACGGUGCAAGAUUGCGAGGGAAAAACACCGCUUCAUUACUCGGCGGUAUUAAAAGAUGACGGGGCCAUGUACGCUCUUUUGGUUGCGAACGGAGCCGAUGAAAAUAAACAGGACAACAGACAAAAGACUCCGGCAUAUUACAAAAACCGACCUACUGAGAUAGAUGUAACGAAUCUAGUUGUCGUACCAGAAGCUCCACGUGUCUCCGGUUCGACUUACCCUAAGAAUUGGGACUGGCGGAUCCUCGAAGCUGGGGAAAGUGGCCAGAGACAGGUAAAGAGAACCGUGAGAAACGUGGACAUAUUAGACCGAGCCUUCGGGAGCGCCGAGAUUCCGAGUAAUAACUGUCAAGAGGCGAUCGGAACUUUUGAGAAUGACUCAGGGGGCAAUCGGAAAGAUGAUUUGGAGGAGCGGAUAAAAAUUGCACAUGACAAACUGGAGUCCAAGGUUGCGUCCCUGUCGCCGGUGUCGACCGAAUCGAAGCUUCGAACUGGGGAACCACCUGAGGUCGAAGUAGAUCGUGAACCGGAGUCCCAAGCCGAGCCGGACACGGAGCGAGAGACUCGGGUGAUCGAGCCGACGAUGGAUCAGGAUAGUGAGGAAGACUCCGCCGACGAUGACGUUAUCGUAAAACAUUCGCCCGGAAUAAUCGAAGGCGAGGACGAUGGGGAACACGCCGCAAAAGCGAAGUAUUGUACGGGUAACCACCCCGCAAGAGACGAUGCCCCCGACGAGCUCACGAAUCACAGGCACGAUGAAAAAUUUGAACCAAUCACUGGAGAGGCCGAGUCGAAUGACGCGGUUUUCGAGGAUGACCAGGUAAUAGUCGGUGAACACGAAGAACUGGGAGAAGCGGAACUGAACGACGGCAGUUCCACGACAAUAGACCCGGAAGUGGAGGAUCUCGUCGAACACGGUAAUAUGGAACAGUUGGCCGCUAUGGUUCUCAAUGGCGAUGGAAGAAGACUCGUGGGAAGACAUUCCAACAACGGGGAACUGCAAGCCUUUAUCGACAACGUACCUGCGUACAUGGGAAAAAUUCAUGCCGUUCAUAUAGCGGCGCGCGAAGGCAACCUCAGGGAUCUUCAGGGUGCUCUGGAUCGUCGGAAAUUCGCUGUGGCCAGAGAUGGCUCAUCCCCGAACGGUGCUACUCCUCUCCAUAUCGCCAUAAUUUUUGGGCAUACCGGGGUAAUCAGGUACCUCGCGGGUCGAUUCUCCGAGACCGCACACGCCGUUGAUCGGAAUGGUAGAACGCCGUUGCACUACGCAGCAACCCUAGCUGAUAACGGGCAUUACUACAGCCUCCUUCUACAUCUUGGAGCGAACCCCUUGAUUCAGGAUAACUUUGGGCGCAGAGCUGAGUAUUAUAAAACGAACCAGGACGAUUUCUCACACAAGAUGCUUCUCCGGGAUUUUGGAGCUCACGAGACAAUCGCCGACCAAAUGUUGUCCGACAAAGUUCCCGGAGGCGACUCGUACUCUGCACGUCGCGAUGUGACCGAGACGGAGACCCUGGCUACCCUGGAGCGUUGCUUCCGUCUUUUGGCAGGCGCACGUCGCGGUUCGACCGCAAGUACUCCGACCAAUGGAAGCGCAAGUACGCUACUUGGACGUUACUUAAAACGCCCUGUUUUUGAACUUCUCAAGCACCGUUUGACCCGCUUGGAUCACAACCUUUUCGAUCUCAUAUGGCCCGCGCUUAGAAAGUGCAGUAACGGCAACCACUCUGUCGAAAGUAUCGGCGGCCCGGAGAGUCCGAACGGAACGAUCGGGCAACAACGAUCACAGGCGAUCCUGGAAGAUGACGAUUGCGGAGGGUUCCUCGUGAUACCCGAUUACGAGAGCUAUGUCGUUUUCGCGGAGCUUCUCGAGCCUCUCAUCAGAGAUAUUCACUGCGUCACCGCGACCGGUGAUAUACCCGAUCAUCCGGAUUCUCAUUUCUUUGAUCUUUACCAGCCCUCGAAGAUCGCGGACGGUGACGUUCGUAAUCGAAAUACCGUCGCAACGGUCGAGUCCUUCGAUUUGGACCCGGUUUCCGAGCACACCUUAGCCGGGGUUGUCGAAUGCUCGAGGAACCUCAGGGCUUACGCGUUACCUCUAAACCUAACCCUCGGUGAACUCAAAGAGUCGGAAAAGGAAAUAACCGGCGCACUUUUACGUCAGGAAACGGCGAAUCUCAUGGCUGAAGGAUCGAGCGAGGAUGAGGGCGGCUCUUAUUACACUCUCAACGAGGUUCUCGAAAAUCCUAGCCAGGUCAGGGCACGACUUGCUGCAGCUGGACUCUUGCUUCCCUUGCUGAGCUUCCACCCGACCAAUAACGACAGGCGUCUUCACGGUAAACAUUGGCCCAAUGGACGCGGAGUCUUUGUCGCUGCUGCCGGCGAUCUUGCCGCCUGGGUUAACGUACAGGAUCACCUGAGGCUGAUUUGCUGUAUGCCGGGGGAUAAGCCGGGGCUCAUCGGCAAGGCGUACGCUAGGCUCGGUCGCGUUACGAUGGCUCUGGAUUCAGGAUUGGUUUUCAAGCGUGAUAAAAAAUUCGGAUUCUUGACGUCGAGGCCCACGGCGAUUGGUAACACACUGCAGUUCAGCCUGGUCAUGAAAUUCCCUGAGCUUUCGAAGGAGCCGGGGACUCUGUGGCACUUGUGUCUCGUUCGCGGGUUAAACAUCAGAGAUGGUAUGCGAAAAGACACGGUCCGGAUUGGUAAUCGACAGUGUUUAGGUGUCACGGAGCUACAAACAUUACAGGACUUCUGCAGAGCCGUACUCAACAUUCUCAGUUUGGAAAAGGAACUCGCGCAUAAUAAUUCCAUGAGAAUUGCUUCCCUCGUCGCAAACAUAUUUAGGAAACGAAUCACCAAUUCGCGAAGUUUCCACGCUCACAAUUAACGCGCCAACGUCAAUGGAGAAUUUCACGUGAUACAAGACCAUGGCUGAUCAAACGUUCUGCCGCUGUUAAAUUGAACCACAAACUACGCGGAAUCGCCAGGGGUCAGAGAGAAUAGGUGCAAUCCAACCGGGAGGGUACAAUUCAGGAUCGCAUCGUCAAUCCGUCGCCUGCCGUCUAUUCCAUUAUAAUUUGAUCGAUACUCCGAUAUGAGUUCGCCAAUAUCAUUCAUCCCUUACGAAUUUCAAUGUCGCUUUUCAGCAGAAUUCGGAAAUUCCGUGUACGUAUACAUACCUCGUGGUGCAUACAUACGGUACAUUAGUUACGAUCAUUGCAGGUAUCCCCGGUAUUUCUACGUAUUAUAAAAGCAUUGUACGUUUAUGCGUUGUAAUAAACUCCGCAAGUGUGGGUAUACCUACACCUAUCGUCCUGCUGGAAGGGUGUGUCUGCACGUUGUUACGCAUAUUCAAAUUUUGUAAUCAAUUAUUAUCACGAUCAUUAUUGAACCAAUGGCAAAAUCUGUAUCACGAAUACAUAGUUUGUUUGACGUAUGGCUGAAUAACUUGGAUUAGUUGUUGUGGGUAAAGCCGGACGUAUCGCUACAUCGGGCAUGGGGUUACUGACAAUGACUAUGUUUCACAGUAAAAUGAUCAGAACACACAAUGACACAACGUAGCGCUUACACGUAACGUGCGCAUCGAUAUUCACGCCAAAAAAAGCGCAAUCUCAUUAUACUUGUCAUGCGUAUCCGUUUGCAAUUUAUGUAUUACAAUAUACCGUAGAGAUCGAGAGCUGAGAACAAAAAGGGUGAUACCCGAGGUGAUACAUAUGAAUGACCAACGGUUGUUAGCCGUAAAUGCAUGUUCCACAAAAGUGAGACUAAUAAAAAAAUCAUGAAAAUUACAAUCGAUCAAAUGAAAUGUGAUGCCCGGAAAAAAGUUUGUACAUUUUUUCAAAUCGAAUGUUUCAAUUAAAAUUCUUUCGUUAUUGGUUUCCAUAGACCUUUUUGGUGAAUGACUUCGCCUAUAACUUGAUAAAAUUCAAUUUAUACGCGCCGCAAGAUAGGCAUGUCAUCGCCAAAACAAAAUUCAACCUCAAUAAUUGUAGAUGAUGCGAUUUCCGAACAACUGUGAUUUUUCUAUUCCUUUUUUUCUUCACUUCGGUAAAAUACGCCCUCAUCCCAGAAAUUGACUCAAAAGUCCGAAAAUCGAGGCCAACCCCUUUAUGGUUCUUACGAUCGCAACCCUCGAUACAACAAUACAUAGUUUCUCUCAUGUAGGUAGAUAUAGUACGCAUAGUUAUAGGUAACAUGAUCAAUUUCACCGAUCAAUUAUUACAGGCGGACGCGAUUGAGGUCGAAAUAUUCAGACUUUUCAGGAUAAUUGACAAAUGUACUUACCUAUUGAUAUAAUACCACGGCGCAAUAAAUUGAAACGGUAUAGGCAAUAGGUAUUUCUCCAACUCAAUUUGCACGACGAAGCAAAUCGAAACCGAUCGCUGCGGCUAUAAAAUGUUGAUGUUGUGUCUUUUGCAACAAUCCUGUAAUAUAUAUAACGAUCUAGCUAACGAUUUUAACGAAAGAUCAAGGUGCAAAAGAAAACAAUCGUGAUAUAAUAUCCAUGGUAUAGAUACCAGUUUGAGCAGCCACAGCUGUGUUCGCCCAUACGUAUGGAUGUAUGUAUUUUAGGCCUGGCGUAUUCAUCCAAGUAUCGUUGAAUAAUUCAACUCGACAUAAUUCUCGCCGCUUCUACUGCUGUAAGCCCGCGGGGCAAUUACGUGUUCAGCAUGCAUCGCGCUGAUUCAGGUUGUCGUGAAGCUUUCGAUUCUUACCCUGCAUUCGAAAGAUGUCACGGCACAAGUGCCUGGAAGCGCUCUGAAAUAUCUGUCAAGAGGAGUGUAAUUUCUUGCUAAAAUUAUUUAACUUUUAGGCCGCCGGGAUUUUCGACGCUUUAUUUCCGUUGGACAGUCCUUGUAAUUUAGGAGUAGUCCGGGCAUAGUGGACACCCCGGGCAAAGUGAACAGUCCCCACGAUUCCCUAACUCUUCGGAUACUUGGUGACGUGUUUUUUUUUUUUUUUUUUUUUU